AUGGAGUGGUCCGGCCCAAUCAUCGCCAUUGAGACCUUUGUUGAAGCGGAUAUCCAACAGAGCGGAUUAUCGGGAAUUGUGGACUCGCCCCGUCUCGAUAUUUCGAACCCGACACGGGUGUCGAGGCAACAUCUCGUGGUGGGAUCCCCGUUUCUUGCCCAAGGCCUCAGUGAAAUUGUCCAAUAUUAUCCCUCAUUUCACCAGAUGAUAUUCUAUGAAUCAAUAGGAGGGGGCCUGAGGAUUCAAGAGCCCUUUGCUGUGUUGUUUCACCACUUUGAUUCUAUCGAAGCGAUGGCCGAGAGAAAUACCGCAGUAACGAUUUGCAAGAGCGAGCAUGGCGGCAACGCUAAAAAUAUGGACCUGACGAAGUACCAUAUGCAACAUCUGAUGGAAUUUCUCCGGCCCAUCUACCAAGAGUGCAUCCUGACCUAUCAAAGAAAUAUUUCCGAUUCUGUUCCCCAGGUGGCUUUUGACAUGAUAUGGUAUCUUCUGAAACCAGGGGCAGAUGUCUAUGUUCAGGUUGACGAGUCGACGCAUGCCGCGGUUGUGAUGGACGUCAAACCUAAUGGCGUCAAUCAGUCCGACGUCUGGGGGGCGGGGGCGGGGGAUGUAAAGUGGUGGCUCGUAGAUGUGUGGCGACUAGAGACCGAUGGUUCCCGGCUCCGACGAGGCUUGAUAUCCGCGAAGGUGCACGCUUACUCCGGACUCCGAGAAGUCACGAGUCUUCCGGUAUGUCUGGUUUCUAUUUGGGACAAGCUGGACGGUGGCGAGCGACGCAGGCAUAUAUUACGCCGCAGCGCAACCUUCUUCAAGGCGCUCCAUCAGGGCAACCUCCUCGCGGAUUACAAUGGGCCAAUCAAGGAAACAAACUCAUACUACACUGGAAAAGUGGUGAUCGACCACCGGAGAGGACUUGGGAGCCCUAACCACCAACGGCCUAAUUCAUCGUACGUCAAGGACUAUUCGAUUCAGUUCCAGGAAUACGAUGACAUCCAUAUCAACAAAGAUCCACCUUUCUACAAUCCCGCGCCUACAGACACUACAGAGCCUCCGCCUGCGGAUACUGCAAAGGACGAAGCGAUUGCACGCCUGGAAAAGUUGAUCUUGGAUGACCGCCUGGCACGAGAGGCCAAGGAAGCCAGAGCGAGAGCCACCAUCGAACGGGCGGCCGAAGAAGCUUCCCAAGCCUCCUGGGAGCAGCCAAAUAACAAAGAUCCGUCCUUCCCCACUCUCCCGCAUAUAGAUACUAUCGAGGCUCCGCCAGUGGAUCCUGCAAAGGACGAAGCGAUCACGCGCCUGGAAAAUCUUAUCGUGGAUGAACGCACGGAACGAGGGGCCAAGGAAGCCGCGCGCCUGGCCUUCAUCAAGCGCGAGGUAGCUGAAAAUGCCGUUCGAGAGCGACAACUCGCCCAUGACCGUACCGAGGAUGCCCGACAACGCUCCAGAAGCAAUGACGCCGACAUCGAUUGGGCGACACCGAAAUUGCCAAACGCCCAUGAGCAUCAAGACACUGAAUCGCCUGGCUUGGAGCCCAGGGUCCGGAUCGUUAGUGAGCUCACCGAACAUCAACUCCUUCUACUAUGCCCAGACGCUCUGGCGUAUGCUCUGGGAAACAAGCAAUGGAUCCUGCUCUCUCUCGACUACAUUCAAGAGUCCGUGCCAUCGGAUGAGAGUAUUUCAAAUCUGGUCAUUGGUCCGGACGAGCUGAGGACUAUCCAAGCUCUCUCAAACCGCCAAAAUAGCAAGACCGGUUACUGGUCGGCCGACUUUAUAGAGGGAAAGGGAUUAGGGCAGAUUAUAUUACUACACGGUCCUCCGGGUGUUGGCAAAACUUACACAGUCGAGGCUAUCUCUGAGUGGUUGCACCGUCCGCUCCUUUCGCUCACAGUUGCUGAUAUCGGCACGGUCGAGACAUUAGUCGAAGGACAGCUUAUGACGUGGUUUAAUCUUGCGGAAGCAUGGAAUGCAGUGCUUCUCGUUGACGAAGCAGACAUCUUCCUUGAACGACGGCAGAAUCGAGACCUCGCGCGAAACGGCUUGGUAUCAGCCUUUCUCCGACAAGUGGAAUACUUCAAAGGCCUUCUCUUCCUGACCACCAACCGCGUCGGACAGAUCGAUGACGCAUUCAUUUCACGUAUUCAUAUCGCAAUCGGAUACGAGCAACUGAACGAAGAAACACGGCGGAGAGUUUGGAAUGGCUUUUUUCAGAAGCUGAGACGCGAACGCAAGGGUAAGAUUCAAAUCGACCUGGACGCGAAGAAGUGGAUUCUCAAUACCACCGGCGAGACGCAACUCAACGGGCGGGAUAUUCGCAAUGCGCUGCAGACAGCGAUCACGCUAGCGGAGUUCGGGAGGAAAGAGGACCCGGAUUAUGAUGCGGAGGAUUUGACGAUUGUCAAUGAGACCCAUUUCCAGAAGGUCCUGGAGAUGUCUAAUCGGUUCCGUAAUUAUGUGACGAGUAUUCGGAGGGAAGACGAGCAGAAGCGCGCUCAGGGGCGCGGGGAUCGGAAUGAUUAUAGGCGUGGGAUUGCUAAUGAGAUGGGGGGGGGCUUUAGAUCUUAUCGGAGGUGUGCUACUGGGAGAAACCAGAUAUUGGGGGAGGUCGUGAUGGGAUGA